AUGGCUCCGGUCGUGAUCGUGACGGGAGGCGCCUCUGGAAUCGGACUCGGCAUCACACGAUCAUUUGCCUCGCAAGGAGCAACAGUUUGUGUUGUGGAUGUUGAUCUGCAAGGCGAGGCGAUCGUGCAGGCUUUAUCGGCCGAGUAUCGCGAGGUUGGUUGCACCUUGUCCUUCAAGCACGCUGACGUCUCGAAUUGGGACGAGCUGGCCCGCACCUUUGGGCAGAUCUACAAAGACCACGGCCGGAUCGACGUGGUAAUGGCCAACGCUGGGAUUUCCCGCGAAGAGAAGUUGAUCAUGGAUGAAGAGAGCCCGUCCAAGCCUGGGUUGCGGACGUUAAACGUCAACCUGAUAGGGACGAUAUACACCGUAAAGUUGGCGAUCCACUAUAUCAAGAAAAACAGUGCGCCGAAUGCCCAGCACCCUCUGAGAGGAAGCAUCAUCUGCACCGCAUCCAACGCCGGCCUGUAUCCGUUCCCUGUAGCACCCAUUUACGCGGCGUCAAAGUCCGGGGUGAUCGGGCUGGUCCGGGCACUGGCGCGCUCGCUCGAAAAGGAAGCCAUUCAGAUCAACGCCCUCGCUCCCGCUGUUUUGGAGACGAAUAUCGCUCCGAGCAAGGAUCUCUUCAAGGCCAUGAUCCUCACGCCCAUGUCGACUCUCACAAGGGGAGUCCAGCAAUUGCUGUCUGACCCUACUUUAACGGGGCAGAUUGCUGAAAUCCACGGCGACAAAUUCACGCUGAGCCAGCCGCCGCCGUAUGUCGACGAGGACUCUGGCACCAACAUCGAGACUUUCUGGACCCUGGGGUAUGCCUAA